CAACGUUUCAAGUGACGAUGCGGCCCGCGUCUCCGGGACAUGAAAACGCACCUUACGGUUCUAGUGACUUUCUCGAAAGAAAGCUACGAGGUUAGCAAUAGCAAACCUUUGGAAAAUCGAUUAAAUCCGGGUAUAUGGUAGAAACUUGACUAACUCGACUAGUUUCAUGUUGUUGCGUGAUCGUUGCCGUUUGCUAUAUAGUUUUGGCCGAUGGCGGCUGUCAACUGGUGUAUCUCCGUCUUUCGUGGAAUUCGUUCUCAUCAGUUUCCCAAUCAUCUCGAAAAUUUCCGCUUACAAGUAGUUACCACGCAUCUGCGUUAAAUUGAUUUUCCUAUGAGUCUGUGAGAUUAUCAUUUACAACAUUUGUAUGACAUCGGGCAAAGAAACAAUGGGUCUCUUGGUUUUAAUAAAUUACAGCGAACAACCAAUUUUCACAUGUAAAGCACAUGUGUUUCAUAUUGAUCCUAAGACAAAAAGAUCUUGGGUAUCAGCAUCUACAGCAGCAGUAUCUAUUUCAUUUUUUUAUGAUUCAACAAGGAAUCUAUAUAGAAUAAUUUCUGUUGAAGGAUCAAAGGCAGUAAUAAAUAGUACUAUUACUCCAAACAUGACCUUCACAAAAACAUCACAGAAGUUUGGACAAUGGUCAGAUGUUAGAGCUAAUACUAUAUAUGGUCUUGGCUUUUCAUCUGAAGUAGAAUUAGGAAAGUUCAUAGAGAAGUUUCAGGAAGUGAAGGAAGCCACUAAAUUAGCUAGUGCUAAGUUACAAUCAAACAGUUCAUCCGUUACUCCUGCUACUAGUGCAAAUGUUAGCCCAAUUACGUCAAGAUCUGGUAUGCCAUCAUCGGAACAAGAUCUUAUAGAUCCGCCAAAUUCGUCGAUGAUUAAUUCCAAUGUAUCAGCAUCGAAUAAUCCCAAUCCAAAUGCCAACAUGAUCUCUACUCAAAACAGUGUGUCUUUGGUAAGCAGCAGUCCCUUACCUGGUAGUUGUCAGAAUAAAGUGGAUGAUGAAUUGAAAAAUGCAGUCCAUUCAAGAUCACAGAGUGUUUCUCAGCAGAGUACAGAAAGUCCACAACAUCAAGGGAAAUCAUCGCAACUUUGUUCGACGCAAGGUGGACAAUCGGCUGAAAUGCAGCUUAAAUAUGAGAACGAUAGGCUGAAACUUGCAUUAGCACAAAGUUCGGCAAAUGCUAAAAAAUGGGAGGUGGAAUUAACUACUUUGAAAACAAAUAAUGCCAGAUUAACAAGUGCACUACAAGAGUCUACAGCUAAUGUUGAUGAGUGGAAAAGACAGUUACAAUUAUAUAAAGAAGACAACGCAAGGAUCAAAGCCAAGUAUGCAGAUCUAGAAGCUGGAAAAAUAGCAGAAGGCAAUAGUGAAGCAUUAAGGUUGAGAGUUGAAGCAUUAGAAAGUGAGCUUAGAACAAAAAAUGAAGAAAUCAAAGCUCUUACUAUAGCUACAAAAAAUAAAGAUUUUAUAGCCUUACAGAAAGAAAACGUAGAACUUCGUGAAAUGUUAAGGGUUGUUCAUGAACAAUUAGAACUUGCGUUAAGCGCAAAUAAAGUCCAAAAACAAAAUUUGGAUACACUGAAUGCCAGAUUAGCUGGAUAUAUACAAGAUUUGGUAACUGUACAUCGAGAAAUUACAAACACAUUGCAAUCUUAAGUUCACAUGUAGUGAUGUCUAAGAAUAUUUGUCAUGGGAGUUUUGUAUUUAUGAUAUAAGCGAAGUAAACAAAUGGACGGUGUAGAUUAAUACAAUGGGAAAGGUUCCAAAAAAAACAUGCAGUAAAAAAAAAUCUUAAAAAAUAAACUAAGAAUACUAUCUUUAAAUGAUAAAGAUAGAUUGCAUCUCCUUAACGUCUAUUUUAUGUUAAUGAUAACAUUUGAUGUUUUUCUUCAUAUAUCAUUGUAUGUUUUUUUUUUCGUGCCAUAUUCAUAUUCUUAUUGUAUAUAAAAAUGUGUUCUUUUCUAAUAUCGUUUUUGUGUUUUCAUAAUUUGUAUACUUGUGCACGUAAAAAAGAAUUUUGUAUGUUCUAUAAAUAUAGAAAAUACUUCUAUUUCUGCACAGAAAAAACAUAUUAUGAAUUUACAUAUUAUG